CAGACGUUUGUCUUCCCCUAAGUUAGCGGUGCUGUGUCCUGCUCCUCGCUCUCGAUCGGAUCUCUGACAUGGAGGAAAUGCUGUCAUUCAGGGAUGUGGCCAUUGAUUUCUCUGCAGAGGAGUGGGAAUGCCUGGAGCCUGCUCAGUGGAAUCUGUACAGGGAUGUGAUGUUGGAGAAUUACAGCAACCUUGUGUUCCUAGGUCUUGCAUCCUGUAAGCCAUACCUGGUCACAUUUCUGGAGCAAAGACAAGAGCCUUCAGUUGUGAAGAGACCAGCAGCUGCCACCGUGCAUCCAGGGGGAAAGCCCUAUAAAUGCCAAGAAUUUGACAAGACCUUUGAUUGGAACUCACUCCUUCUUCAGCGCCAGAGAGUUCAUCCUGUGGAGAAACCCUACAAAUGUGAAGAAUGUGGGAAAGUCUUUAGUGCUCACUCGGCACUUUCUAUUCACCAGCGAAUCCACACAGGAGAGAAACCCUAUAAGUGUGAAGAGUGUGGCAAGGCCUUCAGUACUCGCUCAGCACUUUAUAUACACAAGAAAAUCCACUCUGGAGACAAACCCUACAAGUGUGAGGAGUGUGCCAAAGCCUUUUAUUUCCCUUCAUUGCUUAAGCAACAUCAAAGAACUCACUCUGCAGAGAAUCUCUGCAAGUGUGAGGAGUGUGGCAAAGCCUUUUAUUUGCCUUCAUUCCUUAAGCAACAUCAAAGAAUUCAUUCUGCAGAGAAUCCUUACAGGUGUGAAGAAUGUGGGAAAGCCUUUUCCUAUCCCUCAACCCUAAAGCAGCAUCAAAGAAUUCAUUCUGGAGAGAAACCAUACCGUUGUGAAGAAUGUGGCAAAGCCUUCCGUAGGUCAACAUACUUUCACCAACACCAAAGAAUUCAUACUGGAGAGAAACCCUACCAGUGUGAAGAGUGUGGGAAAACAUUCUACUACCGUUCAAACCUGAAGGGACAUCAGAUUAUUCAUUCUGGAGUGAAACCCUACAAGUGUGAAGUGUGUGGGAGCAUGUUUAGAACUAGCUCAGACCUUUCUAAGCACCAGAGGAUCCAUGCGGAAGUGAAGCUGUACAGUUGUGAGGAGUGUGGGAAAGCCUUUUCUACUCAUUCGUACCUCAUUCGGCACAAAUUGGGCCACUCUAGAGAGAAACCAUACAAAUGCGAAGAGUGUGGCAAAACAUUUUGUUAUCCUUCAAUCCUUAAGGAACAUCAACGAAUUCAUUCUGGAGUGAAACCUUACAGUUGUGAAAUAUGUGGCAGCAUGUUUAGAACUCGCUCCGAACUUUCUAAGCACCAGAGAAUCCAUGCUGAAGUGAAGCUCUACAACUGUGAGGAGUGCGGGAAAGCCUUUUCUACUCACUCCUACCUUAUGAGGCAUAGACUUGGUCACUCUGGAGAGAAGCCCUACAAAUGUGAAGAGUGUGGGAAAUCCUAUAGCUACCCUUCACUCCUUAAGGAACAUCAAAGAAUUCACUCUCAGAAUCCCUACAAGUGUGACGUGUGUGGGAAGGUUUUUUGUACUCGCUCAGGACGUUCUAAACACCAGAGAAUUCACACCGGAGAGAAACCUUACAAGUGUGAAGACUGUGGGAAGGGAUUCUCGACUCACUCAUACCUUACUCUGCACAAAUUACUUCAUACCGGAGAGAAACCUUUCAAAUGGGAAGAAUGUGGUGAGGUUUUCUAUACCUGCUGAAGACUUACUAAACAUCAGGAAAUUCACAUUGGCGAAAACCCCACAAAGUGUGAAGAAUGUGGGAAAGCCUUUUACACACAUUCACUGCUUACUCAGCACCAGAGAAUUCGUACAGGGGAGAAAGCCUUCAAGUGUGAGGAAUGUGGUAAGGCCUUUAAUAAUCGUUCAAACCUUUCUGAACACAAGAGAAUACAUACUGGAGAAAAACCCUACAAAUGUGAAGAAUGUGGUAAGGCCUUUCGUAUUCGCUCAAAACUUUCUACACACCAAAGAGUUCAUACGGGAGAAAAACCCUACAAAUGUGAAGAAUGUGGUAAGGCUUUUAAUAGUCAUUCAAACCUUUCUGAACACAAGAGAAUACAUACUGGAGAAAAACCCUACAAAUGUGAAGAAUGUGGCAAGGCCUUCAGUACUCGCUCAACAUAUUAUAGACACCAGAAAAAUCAUACUGGACAAAAACCAUACAAGUGUGAAGAAUGCGCCAAAGAAUUUUCCUACCCUUCAUUGCUUAAGGUACAUCAAAGAAUUCAUUCUGCAGAGAAAUCUUACAAGUGUGAAGAAUGUGGGAAACCAUUUUACUGUCCUUUAUUGCUUAAGAAGCAUCAAAUAAUUCAUUCUGCAGAGAAACCCUACAAGUGUGCAGAAUGUGGGAAAGCCUUUCACUACCCUUCAUUGCUUAAGCGACAUCAAAGAAUUCACGCUGGAAAGAAACCCUGUAAGUGUAAAGACUGCGACAGGGCAUUUUACUCUUCUGCAUUCCUUAAGCGUCAUCAAAGAAUUCAUUCUGAAGAGAAUUCCUACAAGUGUGGAGAAUGUGGCAAAAGGUUUUGUUCUUUUCCACACCUUCAGUAUCACCAAAGAUUUCAUUCUGGAGAGAAACCAUACAAAUGUGAACAAUGUGGGAAAACAUUUUCUACUCUCUCAUACCUUCCUUGGCAUAAAUUGCGUCAUUCUGGGGAGAAAUCAUACAAAUGUGAAAAAUGUGGAAAAAUGUUUUACUCUACUUUGGACCUUAAAAAACACCAAAAAAUUCAUGAAUAUAAGUGUGGGGAAUGUCACUAUGGCUUUCCUAAUUACGCAGCCCUUACUGCACACCAGAGAGUUCAUACUGGAGAGAAACCUCAUGUAUGCGAACAAUGUGGGAAAGACUUUUCUAGGAUCGAUAGCCUCAAUCAGCAUCAGCUUGUUCAUACUGGAGAGAAACCCUAUAAAUGUGAAAAAUGUGGCAAGUGCUUUUACCGAUCUUCAUCCCUUAAAAGACAUCAAGGAACUCAUUCUUAAUAGAAAAUUUGACAAGUGAUAUGUGAUAAAAAAAAAAAAAAUCUUGCAAAAUAUUCAGACCUUGCUCAAGACAAAUGAAACCAUUGAGUAGAGAAGCCAUGUGCCUGUGAGGAAUGCUGAGUGGUUUAACAUGAAGUCAACACUUUCUACCAUCAGUAACGUUCAUUCUGCAGAGAAACUUGCCCAACUGUGGAGGAAGUGACAGGCUUUUAGUGUUUCUUCAAAUCUUAAAUAACAAUGAUCUUCAUCCUGAACAUUGACGUUAUCAUGUGAAGGAUGUAGUGGAGGCAUUAGUUAUCAUUCAGUCCCAACCUCAAUAAUUCAUUCCUGACAGAAACUGUACUUAUGUGAAGAAAAAGACCAAGGCUUAGCUACUCCUUAUGUCUACAUAAGCAUGAAAGCCUAACAUCUGAAUGCGUGCUUUCCUGGAUCAUAGUGCCUUAUGGGCCUAUCUGGGGGCAUUUUCUUUUUUCUUUUUCUUUUUUUUCUUUUUCUUUUUCUUUUUUCUUUUUCU